UACCCCUUUAAUACCAGGAGUAAACAAAGCCUAACAAAGGGAGAGCUGUCAGUAUCAGGAGGGCAGGGGAACCCACAUAUCAUGAAUAUAUACAACUCCAGCUUCAAGGUGCUGGUAUUGUCCUGACACACAGCUAAAAUCGUCAUGGCUGUAGACGGUUAUAACAAACUAAAAGAAACUCUUUUUAGGGACAACUGAAAAAAGUGUGACCCUUGUCUCACAUCCUAGACGCAGCGUGUAAACCUAGACCGCCUCAGGAACAAUCAGUGCAUUGCAGUAUUAGGUUUAGGGACAAUUCCUUGGGACCGGGGAUGAUCUGCGACACACACAGAAGAUGAUUCUCAUUCUUCUCCUCUGGGGCAUUGGAAAUGUACUUCCCAUACAAGGAGUUUGGCACAGGCCCAGCCUGUCCAGAACAGUAGAACAGCACUGCCCCAUUUACAGAAUGAUGGAACAGGAGACUGACUAAAAGACAGUGGGAAGGAAACUGGGCACUGAGACAUCUGGCUAGAGAAGACAUUUCGGCUACAGACAGGAGUCACAGCACCUUGGAGAGAGGAAAGAACAUGUCAUGUCUUCUUUAUAGGAUUUACUGUUCUGGAUAAUGGACAUUGAGAAUCUACAGUAACUGGGAAAUAGUGGGAGCUGGGAACUGACACAUCCCAAGAUCAGCUGAGAGGGGAUCCGGGGGGAGCGCUGUGUAGAUUCCAGCUGUUGGGAAGAGGCAGCUGGAGUCCUGGUAGCAAAAAUCAACAGGAACUUAGCCCAGAAUUACACAGGAUUAAGGAGCGCCUCAGUCUGGACCUUUCAUCUCCCCUAUAGGGAUAAGGCCGGUGUCUGAAGCCGCUGACGCAGAAUGUGCUUUUCCAGCAUUUGUCCCAUAGGAUUUGUAAAGCUCUCAUUGUGGCUUGGAAAAUCCCAGGGUCUGUAACUACUCAGACCCCCAAAUCCUUCCUACUCACUAAUGCCAGAUAAUGUCACUGAUGUUCGGUAAACCUAGAGCCGUCAAUGCUUCCCAUUUCACUGCUUCUAAUGACCGCAGUUUUCACUCAGAAUGCAACCUUGUGCUGCUAGGGUGUCGAGGAGCUGGCAAGUCAGCGCUGACAGUGAAGUUCCUGACCAGGAGGUUUAUAAGUGAAUAUGACCCCUUCCUUGAGGACACAUAUACUAAAGAAGAAAUAGUAGACCAGGAGCCAGUUCUCGUAAGAGUAAUGGACACUGCUGAUCCGGAUGGGCCAGUGAAUCCCGAGCGGUACUUACACUGGGCUAAUGCCUUUCUGGUGGUAUACAGCAUUGAUAACAGGAAGAGUUUUGAAUCUUGCUGCCAAUAUUUGGAGAUCAUCUCUCAGUAUAACAAGGGAGCAGUACAUGAGAGCCCAGUUCUGUUAUUAGGGAACAAGCUGGACAUGGAACGAUAUAGGCAGGUCAGUAUCGCUGAUGGCUCAGCUCUGGCUUCCCGUCAUGGCUGCCUGUUCCGUGAAGUCUCUGCUUGUCUGGAUUUUCGGUUGGUUCAGCAAGUGUUUCAUGAUGCCAUACAGGAAGUGAGGAGAGAAGCAGAAAGAUGUGCAUCUUUAAGACCACCGCUCUACAUCACUGAGGAGAGGGCCCUACUUGGGUUGCCUCCAAUGUCCUCCACUUCACCCUCCAGCCGACAUGGAAUGCCUUCACUCAGCACUUUGUCCCCUCUGGGCUACAAGGAGAUUCCCUCUGUGGCUCAAGCCAAACUUGUCACCGUGAAGUCUUCUAGAGCAAUGAGCAAACGCAAGGCGCCCACUCUCACCCUCCUUAAGGGUUUCAAGAUCUUUUAAUGCCAAGAAGCUCAAAAAUAAGAAUUGAUCAUCACAUAUAUUCUCUAUUUAUAAUAUGGAUUUCAGACUACUAUGGAUGAUGUUUGGAUUGACCUCUUGCUCCAAAAGUUAUGACAAUGCAGUAAAGACCAAAGGCAUUAUGAAGAAGCUUAAAAAUACGUUUUUUUUUUUUUAUCUUAAAUUUAUUUGACAAAACAUGACUAUUAACACAGAAAGAGAGGGCAAAUAGCAUGGCUUUACUACUGUUAGGGAUUUUCACUUCUUUUCUUGUCAUCACAGAACCAGUCUAACCUUUAAGUUUAGCUGUUGUCAUUUAGGACAGACUGGUUGCUUGGGAUACGCCACCUUACAACGGAGUUAGGUUCUUAUGCAGAUUAUUUCUAGCAACCAAUAUGUCCCAAGUAUUCUUAAGUAAGUUUGGAGAAUAGGUAAUGGAACUUGAGAGUACGAAGACUUCUCAUUACUCCAUGGCUCUGUUCACAUCUGCAUUAUUCCCUUUUUUAGGGGUUUCAGUAUUUUUGUUGGCAGGAAUAGCUAAUGCUGAACACUGUUCUAUAAGCCUGAUAGAAACCUGACAGACCUCUUUACGUCACUAAUAUACAGUACAUGACUAUUUGUUGGGAUCUGUUUAAGUGUGUCUCUCACUGCUAUAUUAAAAGGGUACUUUGCCCCUAGACAUCUUAUUCCUUAACCAAAGGAUAGGGGAUAAGAUGUCUGAUCGUGGAGGAGUCCGGCCACUGGGACCCCCUGCGAUCCUGUUCUGAAUAUUUAUAAUCUGAAUGCCGGCCUUGGACGGCUGUGGUCAUGGCGCCACACCCCAUCUACAUGAAUGGAGGGGGUGUGGCAUGAAGUCCCGACCACGGCCGCCAGAACAGAACACCGGAGUUCCGGCCUGGAGAUAGCAGGGGGUCUCAGCGGCUGGACCCUGCCCCCUGGAGUACCCCUUUAAUCAGGUUUUAGAAGAACUGAAUUGGGUUGGAGGAUUUCUUUAUGAUGCAUCAUCUUUAAACUGCAGCUUUAUAGUUAAAUGACAGAUUCUUUAAUAUAACAGCUGAAAAAUGUUUGAGAAAAACUAAAAGUUAAAGAAGAAGGUCACCAUUUUCCAUGAAUCCUGCGUGCUGAUCUUUGUUAUGCAUUCCCAUAUCUGAGACGAACAGAGUGUAAACCAAAUUGAAUUAUACGUCAAAGAUUUUGUACGUCUACACUGAAAUUCUCAAGUCUUGAUGAUGAUGUGUUACCCAGAUGUUCAGACUACUCUUGUUGCCAACCAUUCAUUCCGCACUAUGUUAUCAGAGAGUUAUGUUUGGUUGUGAACUGUGAUGAGCAGAUGGAAUGUACUUGCUGCCUCCCGCUGACAUCUGAAGCUCGCUCAGUUGCCAACUUCUGUUAUACACAGCAUCUUUCCAGAAUCCAUCAAGAGAAACCAUCUAUUCUGGGGUAUCCUCCCAACCUAAAUAUUGCUUUUGAUCAAAGUCCGAGGAAAGACCAUUUACAUGCACUCAUUCGCAUAAGAACUGCAUGUCCGCAGUCAAUCAGUUGCCUUUGGCCUGCCGUAUUCAAUGCCCUAAUAACACAAGUUGGCAAUGCCAGAUUUAGCCUUGCAGUUGUUAAUUCAAGCUCAAUAGUCUCCGAUAAGAGGCAUGUUAUUAAAGGAGUAUUCCAGUGCAGAAUAAUUUAUAAGUUAUAGAUCGCGGGGGGUCCGAGCGCUUGGGCCCCCGGGAUCUCCUGGACAGGGCCGUGGCAGUCUGCAGGAAGUGAAGUUUCGCCCCCAGCAGAAAGUCACGGCAGACACGCCCCCUCCAUGUAUCUCUAUGGGGUAUGUGGAGGGGGCGUGUCGGCCAGCGCAUCAUGCAGGGAUGGAACGCCCCCUUUCCAGCAUACUGCUGCAGCCCCAUCCAGGAGAUCCCGGGGGGGCCCCAGUGCUUGGACCCACUGCGAUCUAUAAUUUAUCCUUCGGAUAGGGGAUAAGUCAUAUUGCACUACAGAUCUCCUUUAAGGGGAAUUACUCCCUAUUGCCCAUCUUACAGUUUUCUCUCAGAUCAGCACUUUUAGUAUCAUCAUACCUGAUUACAGGUGACCACCCACUUCUACAAGCAUUAGCAGUCCCCUCUUUCUAUGCAAACUUACGGAAAGAAGCAGCCCACAAAGGUAUUGACUAUCCCAUAUAUAGCGCUUGAGGAAGAAUACCCUCAUUUGUAAUUCUGCAGGGUUUUGUUAACACUCAUGGUCAGGGCUCUAGUUACAACUUGUGCAGCCCUAGGCUCUCAGACUGAAUACACCCCACUAGGAUGAUUCGACAUGCAUCAGAAUUUUUUCAUGCAGAUCUGGUACAAAUACACAGCAAAAACCACAUGUGUAACAAGGAGAUUUUUGUUGCAGAUUCACUGUGGAUCUCACCCCUAUAUGCAGAAUGUGGAGAAAUCCAUCAAAACUCCACCACAGAAUGAGCAGCUGUUGCUGCAAAUCUUCAGGUAAAUUUCUCAGCAGUUCUGACCUAUGUGGAUACACUCAAAUGGAGGGAAUAGAUUUUUUUCUCUAGGCCACAGCAUGGCAGCAGCAGCUAUAUAAAAAAAAGAAUUUAAAGGGGUACUCCACUGGCCAGCAUUCGGAACUAAAUGUUCCGAAUGCUGUUUUCACGCUGCGGGGGUCAGCCACGCC